GCAGCCUCCUGGAAAAGAGCCUGUAAACCUGGAGCUGCAGAGGACUUCCCCAGGGAGACUGGAGGAAAGGGGCUCCUUGACACCUGAGCCAGGCCAAAUGCAGAGGGGGCAGGGCAGGCCUCCAAAGCAGGGGGAGAGCUUGGAGCUUUGGGAGGUGUUUGAGGACGUGGCCGUGUAUUUCACACUGAAGGAGUGGGAGCUGCUGGACGAUGACAACAAGGCGCUUUACCAGGACCAGAUGCUGAAGAAUUACCAAGCCCUCGUUUCCCUGGGAUAUCAAGGUCCCACACCUGACUUAAUCUGCAGCAUCCAGGAAGGACAGGUGGAGCUCUGGGUCUGUGAUGGUGAGGACCAUGGGGAAAUCUCAAGAUCAGAGGACCUCCUGCCAGGAGGUGCCUGGAUGCUGAGCAGAGCUGAGGAGCAACCUCCUGUGGAAGGGCCUGCAGCCCUGGAGACAUCAUGGACUUCCCUAGGGAGUUAUGGCAAGAUGGACUUCCUGAGAUCAGAGAGAGAGCAAUGGCACAGGAGUCAGGGGAGGCCACAAGACCAGAAGGAGAAUGUAGCAAUAAGCCAGGUACCAUCUGCAGUUGAGCAUGAGAGUGGAGAAGGGACAGAGCCUAGAAAGAGCCGGGGGUGCAGGGAAAAAUUUAUGGAGCUGAGAGAGACAGGAGAAAAGCCACAUCAGUGCUCGGUGUGUGGGAAGAGCUUCUCCCGAUCCUAUAACCUGGCCCAGCACCAACUUAUCCACACAGGGGAGAAGCCACAUCAGUGCUUGGUGUGUGGGAAGAGAUUCGCCCGAUCCUCUAACCUGGCCCAACACCAGCUUACCCACACGGGGGAAAAGUCACAUCAGUGCUUGGUGUGUGGGAAGAGCUUCACCCAAUCCUACCUGACCAAACACCAGCUCAUCCACACGGGGGAGAAGCCAUAUCGGUGUCCAGAGUGUGGGAAAAGCUUCAACCGACCCUGUAAACUGGCCCGGCACCGGGUCAUCCACACCGGGGAGAAGCCACAUCAGUGCUUGGAGUGUGGGAAGAGCUUCACCCAGUCCUCCACCCUGGCCCGGCAUCGGCUCAUCCACACAGGGGAGAAGCCGUAUCAGUGCUCAGAGUGUGGGAAGAGCUUCACUCAUUCCUCCAGUCUGACUCAGCACCAGCGUAUCCACACAGGGGAGAAGCCGUAUCAGUGCUCGGAGUGUGGUAGGAAUUUCACCCGAUCCUCCCACUUGACCCAGCACCAGCUCAUCCACACAGAGAAGAAACCACAUUAGUGCUGAGUGUGGGAAGUGCUUCCUCCACUCCUCCAAACUGGCCCAGCACCAGUGCAUCCCUAUGCGGAGUGUCCAUAAUUCUGCCAGCAAUACAGGAAGGAUUUGGGGAUGUAUACCUGCUCAGCGCCCAGCAGUGUCUGCAUCCAGGGGAGCAGUUUCAUGCUGGUACACUUCAGCAACAGCUCACGCUUUGUUCAUUCCUUCGAGGGCACUUCAGAACCCAAAGGACACGGGCUGGCCUCCCAAGCCCGAUGUGGGUGAAUGUUUAAAAGGAAACACUUCACGCGGAAGGCAGCCCCUGUGCUGGGGGAGCCUGUGAGGAGAAGAUCUUUGCAUCAGCCUUGGAGCCUGUGCCAUCCCCAUCAUUCUCUACAAGCAGUCAGUGCUCCCAGCAGGUGAAGAAUUGCCUUCACAAUAGGUGCCUUCCCCAAGAUAGCUGGCUGCAAACGUCACCCAGGGACUGUCUUUGGCUGACUCCCAGCUUUGACUUCCCUCCUGGCCCCAGGGUUCUUGUAUUUGAAGCUCUAGAGUUGCAGGAAGGAGGAAAUUUAUUGCUAGGGAACCAUUUUCUGCCUUCCACCCUGACCUUACCUUUCCUCCCCCCGUGUCACCCCUCUCCCAGGUCUGCACAUGCCCAUCAGAGUCUGCAAGAAACUGCUGCUGCCACCCCAUGAGCCCAAUUUUGGCAGGUUUUGCUUUUCAGCCCAUCAGAACUCUGCACCACCAGGUGCAAGCUUCCCCCCUGCCCUCCUUCCUUUCAUGCCUUUCUCUGCAACAGAGUCCUUGGUAAUCAAGCCCCACAACUUAACGUGAUAUCCCUGUGCGUUGGUCACUAUGUCCUCUCCAGAGCUCCAGACAUGGGAACAGACCAGGGCCCAGAACCCUUUUCAUCAAAGAUCUCUGUGGUUUCUCAGCCCCUUCCCUUUCCCAAGGAUUCACUACAGUCCAGGGGUAUUUGCUAAGCCUCAUGAGCAGGAGUUGGUCACAUUUGAGGCAUCAGGCCCAUGUCCUGUUGUGCAGCCAAGAACCCUGUGGUUUUGAAUGAACAUCUGGCCGGGGGGAGUAGAGUAGGGUCUUUUCUGGGUUAAAUGUGAUAGUAGGGGUAAAGGAGGUGCAGCCUGUGAUGAGUCCUGCCUCUUCUGUGGAAGGGUGGGGAAAGAAGGAAGGCACCCAUCGUGUGGGUGAAAUGCAGCACGUUGUAAUCUCCCAUUGGGAAUACUGAGGCUCCCUGCUAGUGUCAAAGCCAUUUGGCUCCAUGAGUGUCCUGUAAGGGCUACUCCAUGUGGUUAAUAAUAACCCAUGUUGGAACACACUCAUUCAUCUCUAUAAUUGUCCUUUCUGCUGAUACCCCCCAGCUUAUAAAACUUGUCCCCUCCCUGUUUCCCUAUAUUACAGUGUUUAAGAAAAUAACCUUUUGACUUAGGAAUGAAGCUCAGUGGUUUGGGAGAAGGGCUGGUUUGCCUUGUUGGAGGUGGCCACAGAUAGAAGGGAGGGAAUGGGAGUUUGUUCAACACAUUGUCAGUGUGUCUGUUACUUGUUGAAUUUCUAACGGGCGGUAAAGGUCGGGGGCAGAGCAUGUAAGUGAGGGAGCGCGUGUCAAAAGAACUGAAAUCCUGACCAACCCUUUUCAAGAGGGGAGCAUGGUUGCUGAUCAGUUAAGGUUCCCUGAUGUUUCUUCGCAAGACCUGAAGCAUUGGAUCGGGCGCCUCCGAGCUGGGGCAGCUCUUAGCCUCCCUGCCUUGGAGGAAAAAACCGGGCCCCCCACAGGUCAGGGGAUGCUCGGCCUGCCUGCAGCUCACCCCCUGGCUGAGGGAGAGAUGGGCAGGCUCCAUGGUGGGGAAAAAAAAAGGAUCAGGCCCCUUGCCCCUUCUGCCUUCAGGCCACUUCUCCUGCAGCUGAGGCAUCAGCUGUCAGAUGAAAGGCUGCAAUUUUUUCAAGUAGCUAUGUUGCAAACUAAACUAUAUGCGGAUGUGGUUUAGUUUGCAACAUAACAAAACUCAUAUAAAACACAAAAAACCCUGUAUGUGUUAAGUGUGGCACAAUUAAACAACAAAAAUGGGCAAUAUUUGUCAUAUGUACAAGUACCCUCCAUGAUAAGGGUUACCAUACAUCCGGGUUUUCCCAGACAUGUCCUUUUUUUUUUUUUUAGUCCUAUGACCUCCAUCUGGGCAGUUUUUUUAAAUACAAACGUCCAGGAUUUCCUCUGAUAGUCCUUUUUCAACAUGGAUGUUGGUAGGUGGAACUACAUCUCCUGGCUUGCCCAGCACCGAGCAUGUUUGGGAUCUGAGUUUUCUGUUUCCUGCUUUAAAAUGCAGGGCUACUUGGAGCAAAUGGAAGCAGGGAGCACCAUGUGCAUCUGUGUGCGCACAUGCACGUGUUCAGCAUAUAGCCAGGCAGGGUAGUGGGAGCAGCCCUGGCAGCAGGAUACAGGUAAGCUUUUAGGGAGUGGGGGUUGGACUCUCCAGGGCUUGGGGACGGUCUGGGUCACCAGACUGAGAAGCAGGCAGCAGGGGCCCUAGUGGACUUAGGUGCCUCUUUUGCUCGUAUUCAACCCUGGUCAGGGCCCUGAUGACAAAUGCUUAUGCAGGGUUACCAUAUUUCCAGUUCCAAAAAAGAGUAUGACUUAGUCUGGGGUCAUGGAGGGGAAGGGGGAAAUUUCCCCCAAAUCCCAAAUUCUGUGAUUAAAAAACCCCAAAUUCACAUUUUUCCAUGAUUAAAAUGAAAUGCCUCUCUAUAUGUGAAUCAGUUUAACACAAUGUUUUAUUGAUAUAUCUACAAUUUUAAACAACUUCAAAUCCUACCAGUCCCUCAAUCAUAAUAAAAUACAUUCUAAAUACCUAUAUAUUUUGGCCUUUUUUUUAAAACAGAAAAUCAGAGCCCUGCUGGAGGGGGCCACCGCCCGCCCCCACUGUGGCUUCUGAGAGUGGUGGUGGAGCGAGUCCGACCCCAGCACAAGUGACUGAGAAUGUGGUAAAGUCCAGCUGGGACCCUUCUGGUCAAUUAGGUCUCCACUUAAACCCAUGGCCACAGCCAUAUUAGGCUCUAGUUCCUAUUGGAUAAUGGCGUUCCCACCAGAUGGGAUAAAACCAGUAGAACUUCCCUUUUUAUUUCUCUCCCCUUGGUUCAGAUUCCAGUCGCCCAAAGGGCUGCUGAGCAAGGUGAAGUUGGAGGUGGUGAUUUAGAGCCCAGCUGCAGUUUCCACACCUGGCAGUCUGUGUCAGGUUUCUAGCUAACUAUUGCUAGUCCUCCCCCCACCCUACUAAGUAAAAAUCUCCAGUUUUACUGACCUGUGGAAGCCCAGAUAUUCUUUGAAUAUUUGAAAUGGUCAUUCAUGGUAGAAAUGGAUACAUCCAGCACCGUAAUAGGUGUGGUGUUCUUUUAAUGGCAGGGCCCAAAGCAAAUCCUGCAUCCCUGAAUCAUCUUUUCCUGCAAACUUACCACAGCAGAAGAAAAAUCUUGAGAUCUUGACCUGUGAACUCACGGGCAUCAGAGUGGCUUUCAGGAAGUGGUGGCAAUACUUUGAAGAGCCAUGGCACAAAGUACAGGUUCUUGUGGAUGACAAAAACCUAUUUGCCAACCUGCACCCCAGAAACUGGCACAAGAAGCAAGGGGGAGUUCCGACUUGUAUAUGAAAUCAUAGGGGUUAGGGUCGCAAGUCAAUAGGCCAAAGGGAGGGAACAGGCAAAAGAUAAAGAAACAGCAACAUUGUGGUACCAUACCCCCAGCACCUUAAUUCCCUUCCACCCCCAACACCUCCAGAAGUGUUCCCCAAACAAGCUUUUAAUCCCAAGAAUGAUCCUACACCUGCAGCUGCCCCCAAGUCUGAGUGCAGCUCCUUCAGUUCACAGUCCUGGCUGACCGAGCCAGUGAGAUCUCCAGGACUUCUCACCUAGCUUUCAAAUUAGGCUUUAGAAAGAGUGCUUCCUUGGGUCCAUCUGUUCAACAAGACCUGUAGUUCAAGACUGAAAAGCAAAGAUUUGAAGGUGAGCUCAGAGUUUUAUAUUGUAUUGCCUGGCUCAAUUUGAUGAUGGAGAACUGGCCUCUGGCUCUAGGCCAGGGCCAGGGCCAGGGCCAGGGCCAGGUGUUUUCAGGGUCAUACCCGUAGCCGCUCCUUGUAGGUGAUGUAGAAAAAGUUCUCUUGGCCUCACAGGCCCAACCAGCCAGAAACAUGGUUGAACCAGGCACUGAAGACCCCUGCACGAGGAGAGUGCAGUUGCAGUGAACACAUAGGGCAAGGAGCUGCCACGCCACAUCUAACAAAAGCCCAAGAGAAAAGCCACGACGCCUGGGUUCUCCCAGAUCUGGUUAGAGCCCCUAGGCACCCACAUGCCUAGUGCAGUUGGGAGCACUAUGGCACUGAGGUGUCCAGCUGGCACAGGUCUCCCUGCCUCAGGGCCCCUGGGCACUGCUCAUCAUUGCUGCUCAGGAAGUCCUGCAGGACCACGUCCAGGGACUUGGCGUCCUUGUACUGGCGCAGGAGCUUGGUGAUGUGAUACAAAGAGACUGCAGGACUGCACAGGGUGUAGAUGACCUGGGGGAAAGGGCAAAGGUCAGAGCUCCCCACCAUCCUCCCUGGUCCAGCCUCACUGCCCCAGGGCCCCAUGAUCCAGGCUCCUGAACUAGAACCAACUAGGAAAUGGGAUCUCCAUAGAGCUCCCCAGGCCAGGCCUGGCCUGAUGAGGCAGCAUCUGCAUAGACAGGAGAAGGAUGGCCUAGGUCAGGCCAGGCCAGGCUUAGUCCCUGCAACCCUGAGGCUGCAGAGGCCCUGAGGGCCAUCCAGGCUGACCCUACAGGAUCUGCUGGUCCUCACCUCUUCUGGCAGAUGUAGUUAAGAGGCCAAUUGGCAGCCUGGGAGGCAUCUGAAACACCUUAUUGGAGGCCAAGGGGAAGUACAAACUUCAAAUGCAUGGUGCAUAAACCUAGCUUGGUAGAAUGGACAAAUCCAGGGGGCUGGCAAGGGUUAAAAGGCAUCAUUCAGAAAAUGGCUGCAGGAAGAGAGCAGGACUUUGGUUACCUUGGAGCAUCUCCCAAGAGAUGCUGAAGUCGAUGAGAAGAAGAGUUUUAGGUGCACCUGAAUCAGAAAGCCAGGCAGACAGCUAGAGUGGCCAGGAGAUGACCGAGGUGCUAUCAGGGAGGAGAGCGGAGAAGUGAAGUGGAUUCUUUCCAUUGGCAUUGAUGAUGCUGGGGAGAUUCUUGCAUUGGAUCCAUUCUAAAUGCAGAGUUGACCAAAUCCAAGUGACAAAUUGGACAGGUUGCGAGGCAUGGGACACAUGUAAGAGCAGGUCGAAGCAUGUACUAAGGCCCCAGUGAUCAGGAGGGCAAGAAAAUGGGUAGCCUUCCACCUUAGUAACAACUUUCAUUUUUUUUCUAUCAAGGCAUGGCAGGCGAGCAAGGCGAGAGGUUACCCCAGAGACAGACAGGUGGCCGGCACAGACCUCACAAAGAGGCCACCCUGUUACAGUAUGGACUGUGAGUUUUUUGUCUUUCUCUAGGGGGGGAAGGGCAUGGCCAUUUGCACUGGAGCUCUUCAGUAUAUACUGACAUUUUAGAGAAGAAGGACAUCGGUUGCCAUGUUUUCCAUUUUACCUGUGGCAGAUUAGGGUGUCAGGUCUAUGUUGUAUCAGGGUUAAGGGCAGUUUUAUGUACAGUUGAGAUUAUGAUUGCAUGGGAUGGUUUGAAAAGGGAUGAUCCUGCCUCAGGCAGGGGGCUGGACUAGAUGACCUCUGGAAGUCGCUUCCAGCCCUAGUUCUUUAUGACACACCUCUGAGAGCACUGUGGUCUUGUUGGAAAAUGAGGUAGCCCCAGAAGUACUGCUGUAGUACCUGGUAGCAGUGUCUCUGUCCUCUCUCCAUGUUAGUUAGAUGUUUUCAGUGUUGAAGUCUCCGUGACUGUGGUUUUAUCAAAAAGUCAUAGCCAUAAGAUCCCAACACCAAUCUUGUCUUAAAGAAUUGGCAAAGGUUUGGGCAGGUUUACUGUCUACAAGCCAGGGCCCAAACACAGCUGGGAUCUGACAGACAAGAUGUUGUUGCAUAUGUGCCCAUGACAAGUAUCAGUACAACACCAUGUAGGAUACCUGAGGGUAAUACAAUGGUCCCAUGCUUUCUAAUUCUCCUUUUAUACAGUGAUCUAAAUAAGUUACAUAUUACAUUCCACAAAUAUCUGGAAUAUUUUGAGCCAUCCUGCACUAUGGACUUGUUCCGCAUCUUAAUCUGGGUGUUAUGUUCCAACCUAGUACUGGACUUUUCUCUUUGUACCACCAUCUGCCCCUAGCCCCGAUAUCCUUACAAGAGUGUUCAUCUCCCAACAUACCAAGUUCUGCUUAUAUAUAAAGAGCUCAUCCACGUACCCCCGCCAGAUGUGUGUGUGGGAUGGGGCAGAUGCUGGCUGUGGGUCCCCCACCCUGCUGCCCUGCAUAAGGACCCUGAAACACCAGGGUGAUGCGCCCCUGCCUGUCCAGGAGCAGCAGGGGUAAGGCAGCAUGGAGUUGUGUCCCCUGCUGCUGCCAGAUGGGCAGGGGGCACAUGGCUGGCACGGGGCUUCCAGGGAAAGGGAAGCAGGGUGGGGAGCCCUGAGCAUACAGCAGGGAGCCCACAUCUGUCCAUGCCCAAAUCUGGGAGGUACAUGUAUGAAUACAAGUCUGGGAAGGUAUGUGGAGGGGAGUGGGCAGGUGUCCCACAUUUACAUUUAAAAAGGAUGGUGACACUAGGAUAGACAUACACAUGGGAUGUAGUGCACCAUCUUAGUAAAUAUGUCACCAUCCAGAACAUAGAGAACCCACUCAAUCAGAGAAGAACCAUGCUUGAUCUUAGCCUACAAGAGGCCGAGAAGGAAUGGAAAGGGGCUGGUAGAGACCACAGGUGUCUUCACUGGCCACCAAAGUAACGGGUGAUUAGUUGACAGGUUUCCUCCAUUCCAGGAUGGCCGGUUAACAAUGAAUCAUGGUAUAAACACAGUACCAUGGGUUUGGCUAGACAUAAGGGCAUAUAAAUCUUACCCUGAGUGAAGAGAACCCCACCUUGGACUUGACACAGUGGUCACAUGAAGGCAGCCUGCUCUUCAGCAUGGACUUCUUCCAGGUGGUGGCACAGACAGCAGAGCCAUUGGCAAGGUGGUGUGAAAAUGUUUUGUGGCUUCAAAAUGGGGCUAGGUUCCUAUGGUCCCGGUGCCAGGUAAGUGUCAUACUCCACUGUCUGGGAAAGAGCAUCCGCCUUCCCAUUUCUACAUGCUCUGAAAGUUCAAGUGGGACAAGAAAAACGGUGACCCCAGCAAAGCUGCCUCUGGUUGAGGGUUUUGGCCACAUGCAAAUAUUUUAGUAUACGGUGAAUAUAAUGUGUCUAACAGGAGGAACCAAGGACAGUCUGCAUAGCUGUGCUCACUGGGAGUUUGGACGGCUACUCCCAGAAACCCCUGGGGCUGGGCAGAAGGGAAAAUGGAAGAGGAAGCUGGAGGCUGGACUAACAGGGGAAGGGAGCAGCGCGCCGUGGAGCCUGCCCAGCCCUACACAGAGGAGCACAUAGUGGACCUGGAGAUCUCACUGGCUCGGUCUGCCAGGACAGUGGACUGAAGGAACUGGAUGCAGACAUGGGGGCAGCUGCAGAUGUCUGAUCGCUCCUGGGACUAAAACCUUGUUUGGGUAAUAUUUCUGGUGCUGUCAAGCAUGGCAGGGAAUUAAGGUGCUGAUUGUCUGUAACCACAAUGUUGCUCUUUCUUUUACUUAUUCUCUGCCUUCAACCAUUGACUUGUGAACCUAACCCCUAUGAUUUUCUAUAUACAAGUGAGAACUCCCCCUUGCUGCUUGUGCCAGUUUCUGGAGAUACAGGUUGGCAACUAGGUUGUGAACCUGUACUUUGUGCCAUGGCUCUUCAAAGUAUCACCACCACUUCCCAAAAGCCACUCAGAUUUGCUCAUGAGUCCAUAGCUCAGGAUCUCAAUAUUUCUUUUCUCCUGAGAUGAGUUUGCAGGAAAAGAAAAUGCAGGGAUGCAGGAUUUGGCUUGGGCCCUGCCAUUGUGAGAGCACCACACCCGUUACAGGGCCUGUAGUAUCCUGGGUGGCACAGGACCCAAAGACCUGAGUCCAGGUGGUGGCAGCGCUACCCCAGGCUUGCCGGUGUGGUUCAAAAAGGGGGUCGGCCUGACAUAGGAGCCCCAGGGCAGGCACUUGAAGCUUGGUUUUUGGCCAGGCACAGAGGCAGGCAGCUCGGUGCAGGAGCGCACCCUACUGACCUGCCACAAUCACACCUAUUACAGUGCUGGAUCCAUCUAUUUCUAGACAAAUUACAAGGUGGAGUCUGGACGAGCUAGCAAAGGGGCAGGGGUGAAGGCCCAUUUCAGAUAUUCAAAGGCUCACUAGGCUGCCAUAGACCAGCAGAACUGGAGGUUUUUACUUAGCAGGGUGGGGAGCGGUCUAGCAAUAGACAGCAGUAAACCUGGCACAGGCUGCCACGUGGGAAGUGCAGGUGGCCUCUAAAUCACCACCUCUAACUUCACCUUGCUCAGCAGC